GAGAGAAGGGGAGGCCGAAAGAAAGUAAGAGAAGAGGAAAUAUGGGAACGGAGGCGAGGAGUGGCAGGCUGCCGGGGAGAUGCCGCUGGGAGUCGAGUCCUGCGGGUGGAAGUAUGAGGAGAAUGUUAAGGAAGCAGAGGACUUGUGACCAGCAUCACCCAGCAGAGGGACGGGGCCGAACCCGGGGUCCGGCUGGCCCCCAUGGCCGGGCCAGAACCGUUCCUCCCUCUUAUCUCUCCUUCGUUACUAAGGCCAUCCUGUGGGACAGAGGAUUUUAUCGCCACACGGACCUUCCUCCAGCAGACAGGCCGCCAUGUCCAUGCCCUCGCUUCCUGGCCCACAUGAAGGCCUGUCCUGCAUACGUCAGACCACCCCGUUUCCUGAGCUCUUACCCCAGAAUGGAUUCUAACCAUCUGAGCUGCGCGCCGGUGGAUAGCGCCCCGAGGGUGCCUCGGACCCAUGACCACGCAAACCCCCAGUUCGUCUUGUGGCUCCAGUCCACCAACAGGGGGCAAUGUGCUGACGCCGUGCCCUUCGUUCCAUCCCCCCCCGCUCCCAAGAGACCAUUUCCUGAGGUCCCUAACUUGCCAGAGGACGUCUCUCACACCACAGCUGUGAGUCUGAAGACUGCCCUGCUCCCCCCACUGCCAUCUGUCCCAGCAUCUCCCUGCACUACAACUCCUCAACCAGAGGAGGUGGAAGGGGGAGCAAAGAGCGGCAGAGCUUUCCGGACUCCCCCAAGCCUAGAGCGUGAGGACACCUUUACUGCGAUCUCUGGUGGACCAGACACCUGCAUGAUCUCCCGGUCCGACUUCAGCCAGCCUGGAUCCAGUCAGUUCAGCCGCAGUACCAGUUUGUCCAGUAGGGGGAGUAGUGUCUUAUCCGGUGUGAGUAAAGACGAGGAAGCGGAUAACGUAAAUCUGUCCCAACUGCUCUCACAGUCGCCCUCCAGUACGCCUGCAGGUCCUGCCCUCCCACCUUUAGAAAUCAACAGCAAAUCACCUCCGGUCAUGAUGCUUGGUCUCCGUGAUGGGGAACCUACAUCCCCGCCCUGGCACGAACCUGAGUUCUGCAUGGAUGGAGGUGUCAGCCUCACCCCACAAUCUUCUCAAACCAUAUCUGGUCCAAAGUGGGCAUUCCUGCCUUCCAAGAAGAUCUGGCAAGAUUCUGUGUCUCCUCGCUGGCCUGUUCUGCCCCCAAUAUCUCCAUUCAGAGAUGGCAGAAAGGUCAGGGGGUCCCCUUCCUCCAGCCUAAGCCCCGCCCACUCGGACGACUUCGACGAGCUGGACGCCCUCGCCCCACACACCGGAUCCGUUCUGUCCCAGGAGCUGUCAGGGGAUGAUCCAGACCACAGUUCAUCUGCUGGAGAGCUGUCGCAGCUGGCAGCCUCCCUGGCUUUGGGCUGUGACUCGAGCGAUUCAGCCUCCCUGUCCCACAUACGGCUCCUACUCCUGGACCGACACCCUUCCAUGGGGUCCAUCUCCCCCCCGGCACCAGAGCAGGCAUCGCAGAAUAACGAUGGCGAGGGACUGGAGACGGCUGACGGGACCCAAAGUGCUCUCGGAUUAUUCCACAGGGCCAUAGGAUCCAGUGCAGCGACAGCCUCCAGCACGGCAGAUGAGGGGCGGGGUCAGAGUGGGCCGGGUCAGAGUGGGCGGGGUCAGAGUGGGCGGAGUCAGAGCAGGCAGAUCCAGAACAAGGAGGGAGCCCGUUCUCCAUGCUCCAGGCUGCCUCUGUCUGGAUAUUCCCGGAAUCGAGGUUCUGCCUGCAAGUCCACAGCCCUCUUUGAGGGGAAGGAACUCCACCACGGAAAUGGGGAUCUGGGGAAUGGUACUGGAGCCUGGUGCCUGGCCAGGAGGACAACUUGGGCGGCACAUGGCCCGGAUCAGGAAGCCUGGGACCAAGCCGGGACCAACAGGGCUAUGUACAUCUACUCCAGGCUCCAGGAAGCUGGGACGACUAAACCCAAGCCUGAACACUGCCAGGGCCCAUCCAGAUUUGAGGACUUUGAGUUCUUGGCAAAAUACUGCAUUUUCAGCCAGGAGAAGCUGGCGACUUACAAAAGGGUCUUUGAGUCGGUUGACGGCGAUGGUGACGGCUACCUCACCUGCGUCCAGGUGCUCCUGGCUCUGAAGGAGGUCGUCCCUCCGGAGGUGCUGUCUGAAGAGGAGGAGAUCUAUGUGUGCCGGAUCCUGGAGCUGGUGGACUUCCGAGUGGCAGAUGGGCUGACUGACAUCAAGCUCUUCGCUGUGAUCGCCAGUCUGGCACAGAAAGUGGCUGCCCUGGAUGACUUCAUGCGCUCUCUGAUCGGCGAGCUGGACUUCAAGGCCCUGGAGCUGAAGCUGAGCAAAGCCAAGCAGCUCUUUCUGUUCCUGGUGGAGGCCCAGGGCGGAAGCAUCAGUGUGGACCAGCUGCUGGUGGAGCUGAAGGCUGGUGGGAUUAGCCAGGACCACGAGGAGGCCGUCAGGGCGGAACUCCGCCACGUCCACUCCUUCGACCUGCUCGACUUCCUGGCCCACCUCCCACUUUUUGUCCUCAUACACAAUUCAGUUGUUUCAAAUCCACUAGAUGAGUCCAGAAACCUUUAACCUCCCAUGACGGACAACUUCAGUCAAGUCCCUGAAAACCUCAGCAAUGGUCAUGGAUUCUCCUGUUAGUUGACGAUGAAAUAACGAUGAACCCUCUAGAACGUAGGACGUAUUGGACAUGAGGUCAACUUACAGGAUAAAUCUCCCUGAAAUGUUGCUAAUCUGAUUAAGUUCAUCCAGAGACACUGCGCAUCACGCGUGAAUGGAGGCCUUCCCCACUUAACGAUGUCACCUUCUGACAUUACCAGAGGAAACACUCUAAUUUGCAUUGAAGGCCUGCAGAGAAUAAAGCUCAUGCUUCUACCAAUCUGCUCUCAAAACUCAAAGUCAACUCUAACUCUUACUAUAUCUCCAUUAUAGGGUAACAACCUCUGCUUUCGUCCAACAAAAUGCGAGAGACCAACACAGAUCAACAAUGAAAUCAUGCAAAUGCUAUUUUUAUUAUUAUGAAGAAGUCAUUCAUUUUCAUAAAUUACUAUUAAAGUAACCUCCCGGAUAUAAUGGAUUUAUUAUUUCACUUAUUGUGUAAUUGUUUCCUAACAUUCAACAUGUUACCAGGCAAGAUCAGUCAGAUUUUGCUUAAUAAUUAUGGCAGCUAGAAUCCACAUGACCUAGUACAGAAUACAUUCCCUUAGCAACGGUCUGCAGCCAGUUCAUACCCUCACACUUCUGCAAAUAAUGGAGAAGUGUGACGUCCAGGACAGAGCAGCUCCUUACAGUUCGUUGAGUUUCAUCGAUGCCUAAAUUAAAAAGUGAUAAUAAUUCAUUGUCGUUGUCCAGAGACGCUGAAAAUGGACCAAAAUGUAUAAGGUGGACUAGGAUCACGCACGCAAUUGCAAUUUUUAUUUCUAUUCCAAGAGGCAGAGAAGGUGGGCGAAUUCACAGUCACUUCCUUAACAUGGUCAAUGCAACAAAAACAAAGCUCUAAUGUGGAGACCCCCCGCAGCCAAACUUCACAAGAGAGUUACUGUAGGUUGCUAAUGAUCCCAAAGAUCAGAAUUACAAUGCUUCUUCAAUGAUUUCACUGUUUCGGUGUUUGUUGAGAGGGCAUGAAAGCCCUGUUCUCUGGCUGUUGUCAGGUAUGCCUUAGCAACUGUUUAGAUUUUCUUCUGUAAGAAAAACAUAAUAGAUUUUUGUCAAGAAAGGUCCUAUUUGGCAAUAAAUAAUUCAAAGGGUAUUUCUUCUGUGGAAUUGCAAAGCAGGUCUUUUGACUUAUUUUUAAUGUUCCACAAAUCGAGGGCCGCUGUAUUUGCAAUGGAGCUCAGAAUGGAUGAAUUAAUUCCAUUGUUUGUAAUGAUUUAUAAAGACAGUAAAUUUAGUCUGAAUUAACUGGAAAGAGGGUCAUGGUCAUGUUUCCAAACUCUUUGAAUUGUAAUGAUUACACAAGUGACUAUAAAGGCAAAAAGAGUAUUAUGGGAUUAUGAAAGAUAUACAGGACGUUAUCGCUCGUACGUUUUAUGAGUUUGCAGUCUGGCGGGCCCUGUGCUCUGCCCUGUCGUCCACUACUUUUGCAUGAGGUAGAUAAAGAUUAUCUGCACUUGUCGAUUUCUGCAAAUAGCAUUAAUGCCAUUAGCAAUUCUGAAAAUGCUGUGUGACUGUAGUCUGGAUAGACGUUUAGUUUUUUCCUAGAUUGUGGAAUAUAUAUUUUUUUGCAGCGGUGCAGGUCUCACUGCUGAGCAUUGCACUUCUUGGUGAGAUAACAAUUUAGCUGUCUGUUACCAAGGCCGCUGUCUGCGUUCCCCUGGCAACAGCCUGGCAAAUUUGCAGCAAGGAAUGUGCAUUUAUACCGAUGCGUGCGGAUCGUCAUUAUGGCCCCCAAAUUUGCACCACAGCUCGUUAAUCACGGGCCAGGAUAGGCAGGCAAUCAGCGCCUGAAUGCAGUGCGAGGAAAAUAAAGCCAGUUAAAUCAUGUUUAACAUUCAGACUCUGCCCGUAGAGAUAGGAGAAAUGAACAAAAACGGCUCUUAAAAAAAAAGAAUAAAAGUUCCACUUAUCUUUGAUUUGCAUUCAGCCAGCCUGAAUGCUCCUUAAGCCUGUCAUUACAUUCAUUUGGUGCGAGAGC